AUGGGCCGCUCUACUAGGAGGGGUCCAUGGCUCCCCGACGAAGACGACACACUGGUUCAGCUGGUCCACAUCCAGGGACCAAAUAACUGGGUACGCAUUUCACAGCACAUGCAGCACCGAUCGCCUAAGCAGUGCCGGGAACGAUACCACCAGAAUCUGAAGCCCAGCCUCAAUCACGAGCCCAUUUCUGCUGACGAGGGCGAAUUGAUCGAGCAAUUGGUCCACGAGAUGGGCAAGCGUUGGGCUGAGAUUGCCCGAAGGUUGGGCAACCGCAGCGACAACGCCGUCAAAAACUGGUGGAACGGCAGCAUGAACCGUCGGAAGAGGAGCAACAUCCAGCAAGCGGCGUCCGCUCGUGGCGUGGGCUUGCGCCCGGAGUCUCUUUCUGCGACAGCACCUUCGCGUCCUCUAACGUUACUGCACGAGGAGCGACGACAAAACAGUCCCCCUCUCUCUGCUGGGUUUCGACCGCCGUAUCUUCACCGGCUACCCACGUCAGAGCCGGACCGCCCAGAGCAGGCCCGUCGCAGCCUUCCAGAUGCUCUUUCGUUGCCCAACCUCAACCAGCCUUUCACUGCGGCCGCGGCACUCCAGCCUUCACCAGAUCCUUUUGCGCAACGACCAUAUCACACACCUCAACCUUCCUCGGAUUUCCGCUUAGCGCCGCUUGAGUGGCGUAACAGAAGCCAGAGCGAAAAACUAGGCGAAUCCGUCGCGAUUUCGCCCGCCACUACCGAUUAUUCUCAUCAGCGCGCACCUUCGUUGGUUUCAGACCACCAGUCUCGAUGCUCUAUUUCACCCAGAACAGUCUCAUCGCCGCGUCCGAGUCUCCCAGCCCCCAUUCAGACUUCUCGGACAUUCUAUGAGCACCACCGGUGUCAAAGCUAUGUGUCUAUUGCGUCUGAUGGCAAGAUGUACUCUCAGGAUGAGGGCUAUGUGUCGGCUCUUCCGUCCUCAUCCAGCAUGGACGCUGGCCAGCGUCGCUUUCCAUUCGAUGCUCCUCUCAUAUCGAUCUACUCACCCGCCACGGAUAGGCGACCAGAUUUCCAACUGCCUCCACCGAAGCUCUCAUCACCCACUGAGCGGGACAGCCGCAUGAACGUUUCACGUCUACUUGAUUGA